GUGUGCACUUUGAUACAUCAAGUUCCUCUGUGAUUACGGAAAUCGCAACUGCGGUGAAAGUGUUCGCCUACGGUGUUGAGUCCUACGUCUCAGAGGCGGAGUACGCGCGCUACCCGCUCGGUACAAGACUUUCCUGCAGCGGCGCGGGCACUGGGGAAGCGCGCUGGUCUACGGGCGAACGUUUCUAUCGCCAUUUACGAAAUGUCAGUGUCGAAGGCGAAGCUGGAAGACCGAACAUUGAAUUUACUCAGGAGGGUGAACUGAAAGCCGCCGAACUAAAGAUAAUGAAUCUUAGACCAACUAUGGGAGAACAAUUAGUAUGGGAAGAAAUUGGAACAUGGAACUCCUAUCCCAAAGAGCGGUUAAUAAUCAAGGAUAUAGUAUGGCCUGGUGGGUUACACACGCCUCCUCAGGGCGUACCGGAAAAAUUUCAUAUGCGAAUAACAUUUUUGGAGGAGCCACCGUACAUUAAUUUGGCGCCUCCAGACCCCGUUAGCGGACGCUGUUCUUUAGAUCGUGGGGUCAUUUGUCGAGUAGCACCUGAAGUAGACGUUGCCGGGAUAGACGCAGGUACAGCGCACAGAAAUAGCUCAUUGUAUCAGUGCUGCAGUGGAUUUUGCAUUGAUCUAUUACAACAACUGGCAGAACAACUAGGUUUUACAUACGAGCUUGUAAGAGUGGAAGAUGGUCGGUGGGGCACGCUUCACCACGGUAAAUGGAACGGCCUUAUAGCAGACCUUGUAAAUAAGAAAACCGAUAUGGUUCUGACAUCACUAAUAAUAAAUUCAGACCGAGAAGCUGUGGUUGACUUCAGUGUUCCAUUCAUGGAGACCGGUGUAGCUAUUGUAGUCGCGAAAAGAACGGGUAUUAUAUCACCCACAGCUUUUCUAGAACCCUUUGACACAGCUUCAUGGAUGCUAGUGGGCGCCGUUGCAAUACAGGUGGCAACAUUUUCAAUAUUCUUUUUUGAGUGGUUGUCCCCGAGUGGAUUUGACUGUUCAACUGGCAACGAUUCUAAGCGAAUGCCACAGAAUCGUUUCUCUUUAUGUCGAACUUAUUGGAUUGUAUGGGCAGUAUUAUUCCAGGCAUCAGUACACGUUGACUCACCACGGGGAUUCACUGCACGGUUCAUGACAAAUAUGUGGGCGAUGUUUGCGGUGGUGUUUCUCGCCAUCUACACCGCAAAUUUGGCGGCUUUUAUGAUAACUCGCGAGGAGUUUCACGAACUAAGCGGCCUCGAUGACCCGCGGAUAGCCAGACCAUUGUCCCAUCGUCCGGCUCUCAAGUUUGGUACCGUGCCGUGGUCGCACACGGACGCAACUCUUGCAAAAUAUUUUCCAGAGCCUCACGCGUACAUGACUCAAUUCAACCGGAGUACGGUAGGCGCAGGCGUAACCAGUGUCCUCACAGCCGAUCUUGAUGCGUUUAUAUACGACGGUACAGUUCUGGAUUAUUUGGUAUCACAAGACGAAGACUGCAGGCUUCUAACUGUAGGUUCGUGGUAUGCGAUGUCCGGCUAUGGAUUAGCGUUUACGCGUAAUUCUAAAUAUCUUAGUAUGUUCAACAAAAGAUUACUUGAUUUACGUUCGAAUGGAGAUCUUGAAAGAUUACGCAGAUAUUGGAUGACAGGCACUUGCAAGCCUAAUAAGCAGGAGCACAAAUCUUCGGAUCCAUUAGCCCUGGAGCAGUUCCUUUCGGCAUUUCUAUUGCUGAUGGCUGGGAUCCUACUGGCAGCUCUACUGCUGCUUCUCGAGCACGUUUAUUUCCGAUACAUGCGGGAGCACUUGGCUACCUCCAAAGUAGGCAGGUGCUGUGCUCUUGUCUCGUUAUCAAUGGGACAAUCAUUAUCAUUCCACGGCGCGGUCGUGGAAGCGGCGUCGCGGGGCUUCGGUGCUGGUGGACGAGGUCACUGCCGCUCUGCGGUCUGCGCGGCGCAAGUGUGGCGGGCACGUCACGAACGUGACGCGGCGAUGGCGCGUGCACGUCAAUUGGCGGCGGCGCUGGCAGCGCACGGGCUGCAGCCGCCGCCGCGGCGGCUGGCGUCGGCCGCCGCUCUGCUCGCGGGCGGGCUGCCACACGACGCCACCCACCCGCGAACAUUGCGCGCGCCGGCAGACCUACUGCCCGAUCUCGACCGGCCGCUUUCUUGCGGCGAUCUGCGCUCCAGAGAGCGGACGCGAGUGGAAAUGGAAACAGUGCUGUGA